AUGACGGGUACUGCUGGGAAACCAAACUACAAGUUUUUUGAGACUAAAAAGGCUACAAUCGUUCUCGCGCCAUUCAGUGGUGGUCAGGGAAAGUCUGGUGUUGAAGAUGGGCCAAAGUAUUUGAUGAAACAGGGUCUACAGCACGGACUCGAGUCUGUGGGGUGGCAAGUGGACGUGAAAAAGCCUUUGGAAGGGCGUGACUUUGAACAACGGAAAAUUAGCUCGCCCGAGGUGGAUGGCAAGGUCAAGAAUCCGACCAUUGUGGGCGAAGCCACGCAGUUGAUCUACGGGGCGGUGAAGUCAGCAGCACACGAAGGCCGGCUCCCCGUAACCCUUGGUGGCGAUCACUCCAUCGCCAUUGGGACGGUUUCCGGUGUUCUUGAUAAGUAUCCAGAUGCAGGACUUUUGUGGAUUGAUGCCCAUGCUGACAUCAACACUCUCGCGUCGACUGAUUCAGGAAACCUACACGGCUGUCCGGUUUCCUUUUUGAUGAAUAUGGAAAGGGACUCAUGGCCAGAAUCCCUAAAGUGGGUCCCAGGUACCUUAAAGCCCAACAAGAUUGCGUACAUUGGGCUCAGAGAUGUUGAUCCCGAGGAGAAGAUCAUAUUGAAGAACCUCGGAAUAGCUGCCUUCUCCAUGUACCAUGUUGAUCGCUACGGAAUCAACGCCGUCAUUGAAAUGGCCUUGAAGGCAGUCAGCCCGGAUGGCAAGGGUCCCAUUAUGGUUAGCUACGACGUGGACGCUAUCGACCCAAUGUACGUGCCUGCUACUGGAACCCCUGUCAGAGGCGGCCUCACCUUGAGAGAAGGCCUAUUUAUCGUCGAAAGAAUUGCCGAAACCGGCAACCUUGUCGCGCUCGACGUUGUAGAAUGCAACCCAGGAUUGGCCUCGCACGACUUACAUGUGAUUGACACCGUCCAAUCUGGCUGCUCCAUUGCAAGGUGCGCUCUUGGCGAAACCUUACUAUGA